AUGGAUUACGAGGAUGAGGCACCCAACUGCGAGGGGAUGCGCCCCCGCCAGCCCACGGAUAGCUACUUAAUGAACUCCUGGGGCCCCACAGCGGAGGGCCAGGGUGCGCCUCCUGGAGGCUCAAGGCAGUUUGAAGAAGCGAACGCCAUUGAAGGUCGACAUAUGUGCACACAAACCUCUAGAGACCGAAAAAUGUGCUCAAUAUGCGGCGAUGCCGCUUCAAUGCCUCACAUUUUGACCGAAGCAAGCAUUUGGACCACUGAGGGACCAGUGGGCCCUGUCCAGGAGGCCGCUGAGGCCCAACUCCCCAUAUUGCUGCCUCACCAGCAGCAUGGAGAGUGGAGGUGGACCCAUGCUGACACGUCGCGAGCGAUGCCACCCCUCGCGAGUGGAAUCGACGGUGUUGCAACGCCACAGGCUCUCUCGUUGCUGAGCCGCUUGCAGGGAGAGGUGCAUCACCUCAGGCGGCAGCAGCAACUGCAGCAAGAACAGCAGCAGCAGUGGCAAUGGCAGCAGCAGCUGAUUCGGCGGCAGUCGGAGGCCACGACGUGGCUCCGUGGAAAACCUCCUGAUGGGUAUCAGCACGGCGAAGACCUCUGCUCUUCUGCGGCUAUUCAACAAGACAGACGACAGGGGGAGUUUAGAAGAAAUUGCAACUGA